AUGGAUGGACAGUCUGAGAGAGUAAUACAGAUAUUAGAAGACAUGUUGAGAAGCUGUGCUUUGGAUUUCAGGGGCAGGCCAAAUUUAGUUGCUGAUACAGAAAGCAAGGUAAAGCUGAUUCGAGAGCUGUUGAAAGAGGCGUUUGAUAGGCAAAAGUCCUAUGCAGACUUAAAGCGUAAAGGGAUCGAGUACUCUGUGGGGGAUUAUGUCUUCCUUAAGGUGUCGCCGUGGAAGAAAAUUAUGAGGUCUGGAUGGAAGGGCAAGCUGAGCCCGAGAUUUAUACGGCCUUAUCAGAUUCUUAUGCGAGUAGGAUCGAUUGCAUAUCAGCUUCAGUUGCCCCUGGAGCUGGAGAAAAUUCACAACGUGUUCUACAUUUCCCUGCUUAGGCGAUAUCGUUCUGAUCCUUCGCACGUCGUACCUAUCGAGAAAAUUGAAGUUAGGCCUGACCUAACCAUCGAGGAAGAACCAGUGCAGAUAUUGGAGCGUGAUGUUAAAGUAUUGAGGAAGAAGUCUGUUCCUCUGGUCAAAGUACUAUGGCGCAAUCACGGCACGAAAAAGGCCACUUGGGAACCAGAAGAGUCGAUGCAGCAUUAA